AUGUGUGGUAUUUUCGGAUAUAUCAACUACCUGGUGGAGAAGGACCGCAAGUUCAUUAUCGACACUCUUGUCAACGGCCUGUCCCGUCUCGAGUACCGUGGAUAUGACUCUGCUGGUCUAGCCAUCGACGGCGACAAGAAGGAGGUUCUCGCUUUCAAGGAGGUCGGCAAGGUCGCCAAGCUCCGAAAGCUCAUUGACGAGUCCGACCUCGACCUCGAGAAGAUCUUUGAUUCACAUGCCGGUAUUGCCCACACCCGAUGGGCUACUCACGGUCCUCCUUCCACCGUCAACUGCCACCCCCACCGAUCUGACCCCAACUGGGAGUUCACCGUUGUUCACAAUGGUAUCAUCACCAACUACAAGGAGUUGAAGACUCUUCUCCAGACCAAGGGCUUCAAGUUCGAGACUGAGACCGACACCGAGUGCAUUGCAAAGCUCACCAAGUACAUCCACGACCAGCACCCCUCCAUUGGCUUCACCGACCUUGCCAAGGCCGUCAUCCAGGAGCUUGAGGGUGCUUAUGGUCUUCUCAUCAAGUCCGUCCACUACCCCCAUGAGGUUAUCGCUGCCCGAAAGGGUUCUCCUCUCGUCAUCGGCGUAAAGACCGAGCGCCGCAUGAAGGUCGACUUUGUCGAUGUUGAAUACUCUGACGAGAACGCUGCCCUCCCCGCCGAGGCCGCUUCCCAGAAUGUUGCCAUCAAGAAGAACGACCUUCUGUCCCCCGACGCUGGCCUUCUCGGUGCCGCCGACAAGUCUCUCCUCCACCGAUCUCAGUCUCGUGCUUUCAUGACUGAUGAUGGCAUGCCCAUGCCCACUGAGUUCUUCCUCUCCUCUGACCCUUCGGCCAUUGUCGAGCACACCAAGAAGGUCAUGUACCUCGAGGACGACGACAUUGCCCACAUUCACGAGGGCUCCCUCAACAUCCACCGCCUCAAGAAGGCCGAUGGCAGCUCCAACGUCCGAACCAUCCAGACCCUUGAGCUCGAGCUCCAGGAGAUCAUGAAGGGCAAGUUCGACCACUUCAUGCAGAAGGAGAUUUUCGAGCAGCCCGAGUCCGUCGUCAACACCAUGCGUGGCCGUCUCGACAUUGCCAACAAGACCGUCACCCUUGGCGGUCUCCGCUCUUACAUCUCCACCAUUCGCCGAUGCCGCCGCAUCAUCUUCAUUGCCUGCGGUACUUCUUACCACUCUUGCAUGGCUGUCCGUGGUGUAUUUGAGGAGCUUGCUGAGAUCCCCAUCGCCGUUGAGCUGGCUUCCGAUUUCCUCGACCGACAGGCCCCUGUCUUCCGUGACGACACCUGCGUCUUCGUCUCUCAGUCUGGUGAGACUGCUGACUCCCUCAUGGCUCUCCGCUACUGCUUGGAGCGUGGUGCCCUGACUGUCGGUAUCGUUAACGUUGUCGGUUCCUCCAUCUCUCUCCUCACCCACUGUGGUGUCCACAUCAACGCCGGUCCCGAGAUCGGUGUCGCCUCCACCAAGGCCUACACCUCUCAGUUCAUCGCCAUGGUCAUGUUUGCUCUGUCCCUGAGUGAGGACCGCGCUUCCAAGAAGGCUCGCCGGGAGGAGAUCAUGGAGGGUCUCUCCAACGUCUCUGCCCAGAUCAAGUCCAUCCUCGAGCUUGACUCCUCCAUCAAGAAGCUUUGCGAGAACUUCAAGAACCAGAAGUCUCUCCUCCUUCUCGGCCGUGGCAGCCAGUUCUCCACUGCUCUUGAGGGUGCCCUCAAGAUUAAGGAAAUCUCCUACCUUCACUGCGAAGCCGUCAUGUCCGGUGAGCUGAAGCACGGUGUCCUGGCUCUGGUUGACGAGAACCUCCCCAUAAUUAUGAUCCUCACCCGUGACGAUCUGUUCAAGAAGUCACUCAACGCCUAUCAGCAGGUUAUUGCUCGCGGUGGUAAGCCCAUCGUUAUCUGCAACCCCUCUGAUGAGGAGUUCAAGUCUUCUGAAGCCGAGAAGAUCGAGAUACCCAAGACGGUCGACGUUCUCCAGGGUCUGCUCAACGUUAUCCCUCUCCAGCUCAUUGCCUACUGGCUUGCCGUUCUUGAGGGUCUCAACGUUGAUUUCCCUCGUAACCUGGCCAAGUCGGUCACUGUCGAAUAA